AUGGCGUUCGGAAUUCCUUCAAUCAUGACAACCCUUGCUCCCUACCAUAUCAUCUCUUACGGGACACUACUCGGCACGUCACUGUUUCAGACGUUUAUCAACACCAAAAUCUGCUAUCUCGAACUUCCCAAGUCCGCAUUCACUACAUUACAGAAGCGCCUGUUUCCGAUAUACUUCCGAUGCCAGGCACUUCUCCUUGUCUUGACAGUCCUCACGUUCCCCCCUCAUGGCCUAACAUCCUUGUUCAAGGUGAAGAGCAACUGGAUCCCGCUCAUGGUUGCGGGGGUAGCAUCCUUGGCGAACCUGCUCGUCUACGGGCCGAGGUCUAGACAGGCGAUGAUUGAUCGCACGCAUCAAGAAACACGCGAUGCGAGACGUCCUGGGGAUGUCGAUGAACCGAGUCCAGACAUGCUUGCUGUAAGAAGACGGUUUUCAAGAAACCACGCAAUGAGCAUUCACCUCAACCUCGUCGCGGUCAUCGCGAUGUUGUGGUACGGUUUCAGCCUGGCAUCUCGCAUCCACAUUGAAGUAGAUUCAUAA